AAGGAUUUCUGCAUAUUUUCAACAUGCUUCACUUGCUUGUCAAUCUAUUCAUCUUAGUCGCCAGCCAUGUCACUCCCAACCAUGUCGAAUUUGCCUUUGCUAAGGUUUGCCUUUGCCAGCCCAAGUAGCUCCAACUUCAAAGCUUAUGUUCUUGGCAUCAUCUAUGGUAUCCUUACACAAAUGAAAGAAUUCCUCAUCCAUCUCAGCAAAGUUACUUCCAUGUUCCUCACAACUACACAAAGAUUUAUGAAGGCAUUUUCAAUCAUUACUUUCUUAGCCUUGCUGCGCAUGUUGUCUAUAUCACUUAACUUGGCUAGAACAAAGGAAGACUUGUCCUUAAACAUGAUUUUUCCAAAGCUAACAGCUUUCUUCGAUAUGCUUUUGGCAACUUUAUCAACAUUUAUCUCAUCUUCGUUGGGAAUGGAUUCUUUUGGAGCUAUAACUAAGUAUGGCACGCCUUUCUCUAGCACAGCUUCUUAUGCCAACUUCGACAUCAGACAUGCCAUCAUCUUCAUCAUCACUCUCAUGGUUGGACUUAUGGUUACCUCCUGAGGCCUCAUCACUCUUGGUGGAUUUCACAUCAUUGUCUUCACUGGCUUUGAGCUAGCCUCUUCAGUAGCCUUCUUGCCUUUAUCUUUGUUGGCAGCUACUUGAAUCCCAACCAUAUCACCCUCAACAUCUGGCAAAGCAAGCAAAAGCCAACUGUUCAACAAAGAUCUUGUUUUUUG